CAAGAAAGGGUCUGCUUAAAGCACAAAGACAACACUGAAGAAACUUGCAGUUGCUGCUUCUUCUCCUUCCUCCGGUGUCUCAGAAUCCAGGCGGGGUUUUUUGAUUGAAUCGGAAAAUGUUUCUUACCAGGACUGAGUAUGAUAGGGGUGUGAAUACCUUCUCUCCCGAAGGUCGAUUGUUCCAGGUUGAGUACGCGAUUGAGGCUAUCAAGCUUGGUUCGACGGCAAUUGGUUUGAAAACAAAGGAAGGGGUUGUGCUUGCGGUUGAGAAACGUAUUACAUCUCCACUACUGGAACCAAGUAGCGUGGAAAAGAUCAUGGAAAUUGAUGAGCAUAUAGGAUGCGCCAUGAGUGGAUUAAUUGCUGAUGCCCACACACUUGUUGAACAUGCUCGAGUUGAGACCCAGAAUCAUCGGUUCUCAUAUGGUGAACCAAUGACCGUGGAGUCCACAACACAAGCUCUUUGUGACCUAGCCCUAAGAUUUGGUGAAGGCGACGAGGAGUCCAUGUCUCGACCAUUUGGAGUAGCGCUUCUUAUUGCCGGCCAUGAUGAGAAGGGGCCCAGCUUGUACUAUACUGAUCCAUCUGGCACAUUUUGGCAAUGCAAUGCUAAAGCUAUCGGUUCAGGUUCUGAAGGUGCAGACAGCUCUCUGCAAGAACAAUAUAACAAGGAGCUAACUCUUCUAGAAGCUGAAACCAUAGCACUUUCAAUUCUGAAGCAGGUUAUGGAAGAGAAGGUGACUCCCAACAAUGUCGAUAUUGCGAAGGUGGCUCCAACGUACCAUUUGUACACCCCUGCGGAGGUGGAGGCAGUCAUUGGCCGGCUAUGAGAAGGUCCUUUCGAAAAUCCUCCGAACUGUUGUUAUGUUUCUUGUCACUGGGCAUGUAUUUGUACUCUUCUUUGUCUGGUGAGGGAGAAUCUCGGGUUUUCGCCUACUUUAGAAGCUCUUGGUGAUGCGUUUACCGAUAGCUUACAGAUUAAUUAUGGGACAUUCUUGAUGGUUUAUUGCGAACUUAGAUGAACAAUUUGAUUAGUACUUUUACGGAAGCUUUCUGAACAUAAUUCUGAUACUGCAAUUGCGCCAUUUUGAACACAAUGUGAGAAUAUCUUGUGGCUAACAGGUAACAUUCGAGAGAGCUGCAAGCAAAUUCAUUCUCCUUUUC